CACUUCUCAGCGGUCUCGCACCACAGGCAGCGUUUCAUCCAUAAUCUCAAAUCCAUUUCUUCUCCUUCUUCCGCAAACUCCGUAUACCACCAGGCGAGCAAUCUCGCUGGUUCUUCCAGCAAUGGCGAGCUAUCAUUCCCUCCUCUAUUCUUCCUCCUCCUUCCUCUUCAAUCCCUCUUCUCUUACUUCUUCUCUCAGAUGGUUUGUCUCCGCCCCAUCUCGGCUCCUUCAGCCGCCGGGUUUCCGCCGGAGCUCCCGUGGCUUAUCCGUCAUCUCCGCCGUGGCCACCGAGCCGGAUCUAUCCGACGUUGGGUCUCAGAACGGCGGCGCGGCGGCGAAGAAAGCGGAGCCGGUGAUUGUCCCGCUUCCGACUAACGAGUCAUCGGAGAAACUGCUCAGGAUCCGUCACACGUGUGCACAUGUUAUGGCCAUGGCGGUUCAGAAGCUCUUUCCCAUUGCGAAAGUGACGAUAGGGCCGUGGAUUGAUAACGGCUUCUAUUACGAUUUCGAUAUGGAGCCUCUGACUGAUAAGGAUCUCAAGAGAAUCAAGAAAGAGAUGGACAGGAUUAUCAGUCGGAAUUUACCGCUUGUACGAGAAGAAGUUUCAAGAGAGGAAGCAGAGAAAAGGAUCAUGGCUAUCAACGAACCUUACAAGAUGGAGAUUCUGGAAAGUAUCAAGGAAGAACCCAUCACCAUUUAUCACAUUGGUAAUGAAUGGUGGGAUCUUUGUGCCGGGCCUCACGUUGAAACCACAGGAAAGAUCAACAAGAAAGCUGUUGAACUCGAGUCUGUUGCCGGUGCAUACUGGAGAGGAGACGAAAAGAGGCAAAUGCUUCAGAGGAUUUAUGGAACAGCAUGGGAGAACGAAGAACAGCUAAAGGCAUAUCUUCACUUUAAAGAAGAAGCUAAACGUCGAGAUCAUAGACGCAUUGGUCAAGAUCUUGAUCUUUUCUCCAUACAGGAUGAAGCUGGUGGUGGAUUAGUGUUUUGGCAUCCGAAGGGUGCAAUAGUUAGGAACAUUAUUGAAGAAUCGUGGAAGAAGAUGCAUGUAGAACACGGUUAUGAUUUGAUUUAUACACCCCAUGUUGCCAAAGCUGAUCUGUGGAAGAUUAGUGGUCACUUGGAUUUCUACAAAGAAAACAUGUACGAUCAAAUGGAGAUCGAGGACGAGCUUUACCAACUCCGGCCAAUGAAUUGUCCCUACCAUAUCUUGCUUUACCAAAGAAAGCGUCAGUCAUAUCGAGACUUGCCCGUUAGGGUUGCUGAGCUUGGGACAGUUUACCGAUACGAGUUGUCUGGAAGCUUGCACGGUCUGUUCCGUGUAAGAGGGUUCACUCAGGACGAUGCACACAUAUUUUGUUUAGAGGAUCAGAUUCAAGAUGAAAUCAGAGGAGUCCUAGACCUUACCGAAGAGAUAUUAUCGCAAUUUGGGUUCGACAAGUAUGAGGUGAACCUAUCGACUAGGCCCGAAAAAUCCGUCGGAGGUGAUGAUAUAUGGGAAAAGGCGACUUGUGCUCUGAGAAAUGCAUUGGACGACAAGGGAUGGAGCUACCAGAUCGAUGAAGGUGGCGGUGCCUUUUAUGGCCCGAAGAUUGACCUUAAAAUCGAGGAUGCCCUUGGAAGAAAAUGGCAAUGCUCAACCAUACAGGUCGAUUUCAAUCUGCCUCAGCGUUUUGACGUUACUUACGUGGACUCGAACUCGGAAAAGAAGCGUCCUAUAAUGAUCCACAGAGCAGUUCUCGGUUCGUUGGAAAGAUUUUUCGGAGUUCUGAUAGAACACUAUGCCGGGGAUUUCCCCAUCUGGCUCUCACCUGUUCAAGUUCGAGUUUUGCCUGUCACAGACAACCAGUUGGGGUUCUGCAACGAAAUCGCUGGGAAACUGAAAGCUUGCGGCUUCAGAGCAGAGGUCUGCCAUGGAGAUCGGCUGCCGAAGCUCAUCAGAAACGCAGAGACGCAGAAGAUCCCGUUAAUGGCGGUCGUGGGUCCGAAAGAAGUCGAAACAGGGAGCGUUACCGUUAGAUCGAGGUUCGGAGGAGAACUCGGAACCAUCUCAGUUGAUGAAUUCAUCUCCAGAAUCAAUGUCGCCAUUGAAACCAGGACUUCCUUGUAAGAAAACCACACAGCCUUUGUGUUAGUCUCUGAGAAAGCAGCACUACACAUAACUUGCUCGUCAAGAAAGUAUAAUUUGUAUUUUGUUGUCCAUUUGGCUUUUUAGAUUUCAGUAUCAGAAUUUGAUUA